CCAACGGUAGCAAGUAGACAGACUGGAGAGUAUUUCAGGACCGUCUGCAACUACAAAAAGUUUAUUGAUUUAAAUGGGGGAAACCAACAAGAAAACUUUUACUGGGCAGAAAAAAACAUAUGGUGGAGUAAUUAAUCAUACCAUUUGGGAGGCUGGAGUGAUUCAGUGAGGAUUUACUUGGAUACAUUACCCAAAGAAAGAGACGGAGAGAAAGAAAGAAAAACUACCGAGAGAAAGUGACAGUGGGGGCCGUGGAGGUGAGUGAAGCGCUCACCCUUGAGAGGGGCAAAAGAUGACUGUUGUAUCCCGUGAGAACCAGGACGAGACUGUGGUAGUCCCUCCCCGGUACCAAGAUGAUUGCGACGUGGAGCGGGGCGACCAGGAGUGUAGCGAGAGGGUCGUCAUCAACAUCUCCGGGCUGCGUUUCGAAACUCAACUGAAGACCCUCUCGCGCUUUCCCUCUACGCUAUUGGGAGACCCACGUAAAAGGAUGCGCUUCUUCGAUCCGUUGAGAAAUGAGUACUUUUUCGAUAGGAAUAGACCCAGCUUUGAUGCCAUCCUUUAUUAUUACCAGUCCGGGGGAAGGCUUAGGAGACCUGUCAACGUUACCAUGGACAUUUUCAUGGAAGAAAUCAAAUUUUAUGAAAUCGAAGAGGAGGUUAUAGAGAUGUUCAAAGAAGAUGAAGGUAUGAUCAGAGAGGUGGAACGUCCGAUGCCUGACAACGAGUUUCAGCGCCAGAUGUGGUUGUUGUUUGAGUACCCCGACAGCUCGGGGCCUGCCCGGAUGAUCGCUGUUGUAUCAGUCAGUGUGAUUUUGAUAUCCAUACUGAUCUUCUGUUUGGAAACAUUGCCACGGUUCAGGGAAGAUCACAGCACAGACAUAGAACUCAGUAAUCACCUCAUCACGAAUGGGACUACUCGCCACAAAAAAAAAAAUCCGUUGACAGACCCGUUUUUUAUGGUUGAGUCACUUUGCAUCGUGUGGUUUUCCUUUGAAUUUCUCAUGAGGUUUUUAUCGUGCCCUAGCAAACCGGCUUUCUUCAAAAACGCAAUGAACGUCAUUGACAUAUUAGCGAUUGCUCCUUAUUUCAUCACCCUUGGACUUGAACUCGCUGAGCUACAGGGAGCGGGAAGCGAGCAGGCCAUGUCGUUAGCCAUACUCAGAGUAAUCCGUUUGGUUCGAGUCUUCAGGAUUUUCAAACUUUCCAGGCACUCCAAGGGUCUCCAAAUCUUGGGCCAGACACUCAACGCCAGCAUCAGCGAACUAGGUCUUUUGAUAUUCUUUCUUCUCAUAGGGGUUAUUCUGUUCUCCAGCGCUGCUUACUUUGCAGAGACAGACGACCCUGAAUCGGGAUUCACGAGUAUCCCCGCCGCAUUUUGGUGGGCGGUGGUGUCCAUGACUACGGUUGGAUACGGAGACAUGUGCCCGGUUACUAUUGGCGGCAAAAUAGUGGGAUCGAUGUGUGCCAUCGCCGGAGUGCUGACCAUAGCCCUACCUGUCCCUGUCAUCGUUUCCAAUUUUAAUUACUUCUAUCACAGAGAACGCAAUGAUGAGGACACCGCCGUGUAUACUCACGUGACUUGUGGUCAACAGAAUACUUCAUUUGGCGAAUUCAAAUCGACCAGCGACAGCAAACAGUCCCUCGCCAAAUCAGAGUACAUUGAAGAUGAUUCUCUCGAGACACUCAGAUUUACUAACUUUAGCCCAUUUGAACAUUACACUGGCAAGCUGACAGAUGUAUGAAAAAACAAGCAACGCCCUAGCUGAGCAGAAAAAAACGAUAUCGGUGAGUAGCCAGCCUGAGAACAUUUACGGGCGCUUUUACGCAAGCAGUUAGUUGGCAUGCAAUCUCUCAAUAACUUGAAUUAAUUUGUUGAAUACCUUCAGUUGGCCUAAUGCUUCAUAACAGUAAUGUCAGGUCAGUGUCCGGCCUAUGUGCAUGUUUGAAUAACUACACGCAGUUUUACCCACCCUAUUACGCACGGUGUUUGUUGGCAUAUAAUCUUAAAAUAGCUGGAAUUAAUUUGUUUGACACCUUCAGUAGGCCUAAAACUGUAUUACAGGUCAGUAGCGUACAGUGUUGAGUGGCUACAACAACUUCUAAAACUGGGUUGCUUUUGGAGAGUUUAUAGAAUUUCUGAACUCGGAGCGCCACUGUGUGGUUGAAACGCAAUCGCGCAGCAGACGCGUCUCAGGUAAAACAUUCAAGCAGCUAUUUACGUUAUGUGUGCAAGACGUUGCUGAUGAUGUAAGUGUGUGUAUAAUUUACUUGUGAUUGUGUAUACAUUUUCCAUAAAAAAGCUUUUUAGGGACAUUUUAGACAGAAGUGAUGGAAUGUCACCACAAACAAAAAAACAUGAUCUUCUUUUUACUUCCAGGGGACAAGAUCAAAAACCACUGCCUUUCUACUCCACUUGAAAGUAAAUGCUGAUGGGACAAGAUCAAAGACCAUUGCGUUUCUGCUCCGCUUGAAAGGAAAUGCAGGCAUGGCUUUUCCAAAUCUAGAUGUACUUGUAACUGAAAAAGUCAAGAGAGUGAAUAAAAAACACACAUGACAUGUCUCCAUGAACAAUUGGCCAGCAAUGUGAGAUGACAGGUGCUGAUGCAACAUCCAAUGGGGAGCUCGCUGAAGGAAACACGGGUUUGGAGCCUCUGCCUUUAGGAAACCGAUAACCUUUGAAAAUCAAUUAACCUUUCAAAGUAUUUUGCUGUCCAUUCAAUGAACUAUGAAAUGACUACUGUAGAUAUCCUGUUGUGUAUUAUUGUAAAUAGGCCUAUAGUGUAAAUUCAAUCGUUGUGCUCGACUCAGAAUCUUCGUCCUUUAUUUUAUUGAACUAUUUUAUUGUACAGAGUAUCUGAUUUUGCCAUAAACGUUCCUUGGGAAGCUAGAUUUAAAAUCACUCUUCUUAAAAUAACUUAACCAUAGGAAUCUUAUUAAGUAUGCAUGUAAGGAGACAUCAAUUGUGCUCAUGAAAUGUCAUGAAGAUUUAUUUAUAUUUUUGUAAGAUUGUUAAAAUGUAUGUGAACUUUUGAAGAAUAUUUUUUUCAGAAAACAAUUCAGAAAAUACCUCAAUGUGUUUUUUUGUUCUGGAUGGGUGCACCUUUACACACAUUAAAGGGAUACUUCGGGAUUUUG